GGGGCCGCGCCGAGCGGGGGGCGCGUUCGCUCGCUGCGAUUCACAUCGCGCCCGCUUUCCCGUCUCGUAUGCAUGCCUAUCCCGGGAAUGGUGUAGUCAGCCCGUAGCUGAAUUAUUUAUAGACUCGUGCCAGCUGUGGGUUUUUUUUUUUUAUUAUUAUUUUUUGAUUUUUAUUUAUUUUUUUUUUCUGAUUCCACUUGUGUGCGCCGUUGGGAAAUGCGUUUUGCUUCCCUUUCUUCUCAAUGUGUGAAUGUCUUUGUCGGGGAGCGGUUUUUAUCCCCUUCAGACCCCUCUAAUAGCGAAUUGAUGCUCAUUUUUCCCUUCAGGAAGGGGACGCUUUGAGGAUAAUCAUGCUUCACAGAAGAACGGCACCGACCUCCAGUUGCUUUCAACACAACCUCCUCCACUAGGACUCCAGGAGUGAGAAAAAGAGAGAAAAUAAUCGUUAAGAAUAAUCACUAAAAGGCGAAAGGAAUGCUUACUCUGGAACCUGCAUUUGACGAUCCUCACGGCUCGCGCUGAAUCUCCUCUGAAGUGAUGCUCUCCAGCUUUUGAAUUUGCACUGCUUCAAGACGCAAGAUUGCCACCAAGAAUCCUCUGUUUGUUUUUUUGUGUUUGUUUGUUUUUACAGCCAAAUAGGAUUUUUUUUUUUUUAAACUUGUUCCCCAACUUUUGCCCCCUUCCCCCCCCCCCCUCGACCCUCAUUCUUCUUAUGUGGAUAUGCAAGCAAGAAGAGGAGCCUGGACAUUCCCAACAUGCUCUCUCCCUUGAUCUGUCCGUCUAGAGGUUCUGCUUCUACAAACCAAGGGAGUGUAAGAGCUGAAGAUGAGGUCCAGGGUGGAGUACUACUCUCCAAGGUUUUGGCUGGUGCUGGCAGUCCUUGCAACAACAGGAAGCGGGACCCACGCGCAAAAAAGCCACCCAAGCAUUGGCAUUGCGGUCAUCCUAGUGGGGACCUCAGACGAAGUGGCCAUCAAAGACGCCCACGAGAAAGAUGACUUCCACCACCUCUCAGUGGUGCCCCGGGUGGAGCUGGUGGCCAUGAAUGAGACAGAUCCCAAGAGCAUCAUCACCCGCAUCUGUGACCUCAUGUCAGAUCGGAAGAUUCAAGGGGUGGUAUUUGCUGAUGACACGGACCAGGAAGCCAUUGCCCAGAUCCUGGACUUCAUCUCUGCCCAGACCCUCACUCCCAUCCUGGGCAUCCAUGGAGGCUCCUCUAUGAUCAUGGCAGAUAAGGAUGAGUCAUCCAUGUUCUUCCAGUUUGGCCCAUCAAUAGAACAGCAAGCUUCAGUCAUGCUCAACAUCAUGGAAGAAUAUGACUGGUACAUCUUCUCCAUUGUCACUACUUACUUCCCUGGUUACCAGGACUUUGUCAACAAGAUCCGCAGUACCAUUGAGCACAGCUUUGUGGGUUGGGAACUGGAGGAGGUCCUCCUGUUGGACAUGUCCCUGGAUGAUGGAGACUCAAAGAUCCAGAACCAGCUCAAAAAGCUCCAAAGCCCUGUUAUCCUCCUCUACUGCACCAAGGAAGAGGCCACCUACAUUUUUGAGGUGGCCAACUCUGUGGGUCUGACAGGCUAUGGUUACACGUGGAUCGUGCCCAGCCUGGUGGCAGGGGAUACAGACACAGUGCCAUCCGAGUUCCCCACCGGGCUCAUCUCUGUCUCAUAUGAUGAAUGGGACUACGGUCUUCCUGCUAGAGUGAGGGAUGGAAUAGCCAUAAUCACCACUGCUGCUUCUGAUAUGCUGUCUGAACACAGCUUCAUCCCUGAGCCCAAGAGCAGCUGUUACAACACCCAGGAGAAAAGGAUUUACCAGUCCAACAUGCUCAACAGGUACCUGAUUAACGUCACCUUCGAAGGCAGGAAUUUGUCGUUCAGUGAGGACGGAUACCAAAUGCACCCUAAGCUGGUGAUCAUCCUUCUGACCAAGGAGAGGAAGUGGGAGAGGGUGGGGAAAUGGAAGGAAAAGAAGUUGCAGAUGAAGUACUACGUAUGGCCCCGCUUUGAGCUUUAUCCUGAUUCUGAGGAGCGUGAGGAUGAUCACCUGAGUAUAGUGACCCUGGAAGAGGCACCGUUUGUCAUUGUGGAGAAUGUGGACCCCCUCAGUGGCACCUGCAUGAGGAACACAGUCCCUUGCCAAAAACGCAUUGUGACUGAGAACAAAACUGACGAGGAGCCGGAUUAUAUGAAGAAGUGCUGCAAAGGAUUCUGCAUCGACAUCCUGAAGAAGUUGUCCAAGACUGUCAAGUUCACCUAUGACCUCUACUUGGUGACUAAUGGGAAGCAUGGCAAAAAAGUCAAUGGGACAUGGAAUGGAAUGAUUGGAGAGGUUGUCACCAAACGGGCCUAUAUGGCUGUGGGAUCCCUCACAAUUAAUGAGGAACGAUCAGAAGUGGUGGAUUUCUCUGUGCCCUUCGUUGAGACUGGGAUCAGCGUCAUGGUGUCACGGAGCAACGGAACUGUCUCACCAUCUGCCUUCUUAGAGCCAUUCAGUGCUGACGUAUGGGUGAUGAUGUUUGUGAUGCUGCUUAUCGUGUCUGCAGUGGCCGUCUUUGUCUUCGAGUACUUCAGCCCUGUGGGCUAUAAUCGGUGCCUUGCUGAUGGCAGAGAGCCAGGAGGUCCCUCUUUCACCAUUGGCAAAGCUAUCUGGCUGCUGUGGGGGCUGGUGUUCAACAACUCCGUGCCAGUGCAGAAUCCCAAAGGUACCACCAGCAAGAUCAUGGUGUCAGUGUGGGCCUUCUUUGCUGUCAUCUUCCUGGCCAGCUACACUGCCAAUCUGGCUGCCUUCAUGAUCCAAGAGGAAUAUGUGGACCAGGUGUCCGGCUUGAGCGACAAAAAGUUCCAGAAACCCAAUGACUUCUCACCCCCUUUCCGCUUUGGGACAGUUCCCAAUGGCAGCACAGAAAGGAACAUCAGAAACAACUACCCUGAAAUGCACAGCUACAUGGUGAAGUUCAAUCAGAGGGGAGUGGAUGAUGCCCUAUUCUCAUUGAAGACUGGGAAGUUGGAUGCUUUCAUUUAUGAUGCAGCAGUGCUGAAUUACAUGGCUGGCAGAGAUGAAGGCUGCAAGCUGGUGACAAUCGGGAGUGGAAAAGUGUUUGCUUCCACAGGCUAUGGCAUUGCCAUCCAAAAGGACUCAGGCUGGAAGCGCCAGGUUGAUCUUGCUAUUCUACAGCUUUUUGGAGAUGGGGAGAUGGAGGAGCUGGAAGCACUGUGGCUCACUGGCAUUUGUCACAAUGAGAAAAACGAGGUUAUGAGCAGCCAGCUGGAUAUAGAUAACAUGGCAGGUGUUUUCUACAUGCUGGGAGCAGCUAUGGCCCUCAGUCUCAUCACCUUCAUCUGUGAACAUCUAUUCUACUGGCAGUUCCGCCACUGCUUCAUGGGUGUCUGCUCUGGCAAGCCUGGCGUGGUCUUCUCCAUCAGCAGGGGUAUCUACAGCUGCAUUCAUGGUGUGGCCAUUGAGGAACGCCAGUCAGCAAUGAACUCCCCCACAGCGACUAUGAACAACACCCAUUCCAACAUCCUCCGCCUGCUUCGGACAGCCAAGAACAUGGCCAACCUAUCAGGGGUCAACGGCUCACCACAGAGUGCCCUGGACUUCAUCCGCCGUGAAUCAUCAGUUUAUGAUAUUUCUGAGCACCGCCGCAGCUUCACCCACUCAGACUGCAAGUCCUACAACAACCCCCCAUGUGAGGAGAAUCUAUUUAGUGACUAUAUUAGUGAGGUGGAGAGGACCUUUGGCAACCUCCAGCUGAAGGACAGCAAUGUAUAUCAGGACCACUACCACCACCACCACCGUCCCCACAGCAUUGGAAGCACCAGCUCCAUCGAUGGGCUCUAUGACUGUGACAACCCACCCUUCAACGCCCAGUCGCGGUCCAUCGGGAAGAAGCCCUUGGACCUGGGGUUGCCCCCUGCCAAGCACAGCCAGCUGGGUGACCUCUAUGGCAAGUUCUCCUUCAAGAGUGACCGCUAUGGGGGCAGUGGGGCCCACGAUGACCUGAUCCGCUCAGACGUCUCUGACAUUUCCACACACACAGUCACCUAUGGCAACAUUGAAGGCAAUGCAGCUAAGCGGCGGAAGCAGCAGUACAAGGACAGCCUGAAGAAGCGUCCAGCCUCUGCCAAGUCCCGGCGGGAGUUCGAUGAGAUAGAGUUGGCCUACCGCCGGCGCCCACCCCGCUCGCCCGACCACAAACGGUACUUCAGGGACAAGGAAGGGCUACGGGACUUCUACCUGGACCAGUUUCGGGCCAAGGAAAACUCACCACACUGGGAACAUGUGGACCUGACGGAUAUCUACAAAGAGCGUGGAGAUGAGUUUAAGCGGGAUGCAGGAGGAGGAGGAGGAAGUGGAUCCUGCACAAACAGAGCCCACCAUAAGCAUGGUUCGGGUGAGUUUGGCGGAAGCAAUGAACACAAGCAUGGUGUUGUGAGUGGGGUCCCGGCACCCUGGGAGAAGAAUCUCACCAACCUAGACUGGGAGGACCGGUCUGGGGCUAAUUUCUGCCGCAGCUGCCCUUCUAAGGUGCAUAACUACACACCAUCAGUGGUGGGGCAGAAUUCCACUCGCCAGGCCUGCAUCCGGUGUGAGGCCUGCAAGAAAGCAGGCAACCUGUAUGACAUCAGUGAGGACAACUCUCUCCAAGAGCUGGACCAGCCGCCUGCCCCUGUGCCCGUGGCCACCAGUGCCACCUCCUCCUCCAAAUAUCCUCAGAGCCCUUCCAAUUCUGCCUCCAAGGUGCAGAAGAAGAACCGCAACAAGCUUCGCCGGCAGCACUCCUAUGAUACCUUUGUGGACCUGCAAAAGGAUGACUCGGCCCUGGCCCCUCGCAGCGUCAGCCUCAAGGACAAGGGUCGCUUUUUGGAGGGGAGCCCCUACGCCCACAUGUUUGAGAUGCCAGCCAGUGAGACCACCUUUGCCAACAACAAGUCCUCAGUGCCAGCCACCAGCUACCACCACCACAACAACCCCGUCAGCAGCGGGGGGUACAUGCUCAGCAAGUCGCUCUACCCUGACAGGGUCACCCAAAACCCUUUCAUCCCCACUUUUGGGGAUGACCAAUGCUUGCUCCACGGCAGCAAAUCUUAUUUCUUCAGGCAGCCUGUGGUGGCAGGAGGGCCCAAAGCCAGGCCAGACUUCCGAGCCAUCGUUACCACCAACAAGCCGGUGGUCUCAGCCCUUCAUGGGGCUGUGCCAGCCCGUUUCCAGAAGGACAUCUGUAUAGGGAACCAGUCCAACCCCUGUGUGCCUAACAACAAAAACCCCAGGGCUUUCAAUGGCUCCAGCAACGGGCAUGUUUAUGAGAAACUCUCCAGUAUUGAGUCUGACGUUUGAGUGAGAGGGAAGGAGCAUGGGGAGGGACUGGGGGUGGAUGUGGAGCAUGGGAGGGUGGGGUGGGAUCAAUCCCAUCGGCUACUCUCCCUGGUCAUCCUUAGUUUGUGGGAUACUGGAGUUCUGAGUAGUACAGCAUUGGUGACAAGUGCCACCUCUUUGGUUUCCCCUCUUCCUCCUCCUCUUUCCCACCCCUCCCCUUUUAUCUCUUUUUCCAUGUUCUCUCUCCUCCCAUUCUCCUCCAUUCCUGGCCAUUGCACUUUACAGUGACAUUGGAGUUGGAUAUCCUCAUUUGUGAUUUCACGAGGAGAAGAAGGCAGGGAAGGGGUGGGGUGAGGGGGAGCAAUAGUGAUUCUAGCAUUUCACUCUUGCUGACUCCCAGCAGAGAAAGGCAUGUGCAUGCACACAUGUGGCAGGAGGAGACAGCAGCAGAAGUAUAAUGGACAUGCAGGAAAAUAUGCUUGUUCAGGCAACUCUUCCUAAAACUGCCUAGAAAAGAGUGAUGUUUGAAGAUGUGGAGAAAGUGAAGGAGGAAUAACAUGACUAACUUGAUGAUGCACUUAUAUGUUAGGUAUAAUGAGGUUCUUGUUACAUUAUUUUGUGAAGACUAUGGGGGUUUAGGGCUGAAAUAUAUAUAUAUAUUUGCGUAUAUGCUGAGAAUUUUACGCUGACAUUUUGAAUUGUUUGCUGGGAGAUAUGGGGUGAGAGAGAGAAGGCUUGUUUGCAGGUCUGGUGAGUGGUUUCACUGUGGCUGUUACAGGCAUUGAGCCUGUGACAGAGCAAUGGGAGAGUUGGAAAGGAAAUGAGCUUUGAGUCUGGGAGAGCAACCCUUGAAUCAGGGGGGCUUCUGGGAGCUCUGACAGGAUGCUGUUUUGCACUGAAAUGAAAGGAAUUUUGGGGAAGGGAAGCAGGAUUGUUUUUUUAGCUAUAAGUUGUUCACUAAUUGUGGUUUACUUCAAAGGUGGGAGCAGUAUUUAGUAUGGGUUAGCCUAUACGCGAGUAUAUACAAUGAAUUUAUACUUGAAAUGUCUGUGGAGAAAGCAAAAUAAACUCACAAUCCUAUAAGGUGUCUGGAUAACACACAGUGGAACAGAGCUAAAGAGUAGGGAAUGGUGGGGAGUUUUGUCACUGUCUCUUCAGAGGACACCAAGCCUGUUUUGGCAUGUUCUUUAGCAAGGAGAGCAGGACAAGGAACAUUUUCAUCCUUCUGCCCUCCCCACCCUUGGCCAGCAGGAUGGAAGAAAAAGAAUGGGGUGUCCUCUGCCAAUGGUGGCAUGGUGCUGGAGAGAAAAAAAAAAAAACAACACAUGAAAAGGUGCAUGUAGUGGCAGUGGUGUUGGUGGACUGUUUUGAUGCCUCAUUGGACAUGUAGAAAUGGGAAGAGGGUGUUCGCACCUGUGGGAAAUACAUAUGUAUAUUUACUAUUGAAUGUACAGGGGAAGUACAUAGCUUGUCUUCCUGGCAAUGGGUGUGCUUGAAUAAAAGCCAGAGAGCACAGGAACUUGUGCUGAGGGCUGAAGACAAGACAUGCAAGGCUGAGAUGUGUGUGUACAUGUACGUGUGCCUCAGUGUGUGAGAGAGAUACUAGCACAAGUGCAAAGCUGGAAUAGCCUAGGGUUUCCCAUCCCUGCAGUUGUAGUGACAGCUUUCCUGGUGCACAUAGUAUCGAUAGGAAUGUUUUUAUUUUCCACUGUAUCAUUUUAGAUGCAAGUUAAACUUAACGGAAAGGGAGCAAUGGUAGGAGUGAGAAGUUGAACUCCCUCUUCAUAUGUCUUUUUUUUCCUGAGGUCAGGCAUGGGCCAACAUCCUGAGAGAUGUGGCAGAGUCCCUCCUGUUUCUCCUGAGUGUGUCCCAGUGUCAUAAUUACCAUGGCUCACCAGGGAGAGUGUUGAGAGAACCUUGUGCUAAGGGCGUGGGGACAUUCCUGGGGACUGACUGAAUGGAGACGGCAGCCCCUUUAUGAGCCUCUUGGAGCUGAAAGCCACCUCGCUCGCAUUCCUCACCGCACCCUGGUUGAUUUUAUCUUAUCUUGCUCUUUUUAAGCCAACAGAAGGCCUUUUAUUUAUUUACCUAUUUAUUUUAUUUAUUUUUUAGAGCUGGGGUGGGGGGAGGGUGGGAUUUGCCUGUGAGGUCAAAGAGUGUGAGGAGAGGGUGGGCAAGGUCUGUGAAGGGGACAUUUUCUUAGAUUUCACUGAGGAAAUUGAGGAGGGAAGAGGGGGAGAGUCUUUGUAAUGCCACCCCUUAGUCUUUGGGGUAAGGGAACUUCUUAUUCUUUCCCUCUUCUCUCAUUACAAAGACAAAAAGGUAAAAAAAAAAAAAAAAAAAAAAAAAAAAAAAAGAAAGAAAAAAAGGAAAAAAAAAAAAAAAAAAGAAAAGAAACCAAACAAAUUAACAGAGCGAUCUGCAAUCCAGAAUACACGGCAGCUCGUCAGAUGCCUCUGACAGCAGCCACUAAGAAGGCGUUCCUUUCAUUUGUAAAUAUUUCUUUUUUAUUGCGUUUUUGUAUAAAUUGGUGUUUCUCUUCUCGUGAAUAUUCAGGUCGUGGGGUGGGAGGGAGGGGAGUUUGUUUCUGUUCUGUUUGUUUUCUACGACUUUUCAGGCUGCGUUUUUGGAAGCGGUUUACGCGGGUCGAGGCCGUAUGAAUGAGGAAGAGAGAGAGCGAGAGAGAGAGAGAGGAAAAAAAAACAAACAUGUGUGUUGUGUACCCCUAGGCCCCCCGUAUCGCCCUGUCACCUUAUCUUCAUGAAUGGAAGACGCCGGAACGUCACUUCAAGCCUUGCCAGCAGGGUUUCAUGUUUUGAUGGGAACAUCCCCAAUUCCUUUUUGCAUAUAAACUCUCUGUACCAGCAUCUCUCUGUGGAGUUUGAGCCUCAAGGCACUACACUGUCUUGGUAGUGGUGGGGUGAACCAUCAAGUUGGCCGCUCAGGUUGGACCAUCACUUGACAUUAAGAGACUUCUCCAAUGCUACAUUGGUUUAGAAAUCUUGGACCUGGGAAAGCUCGUGAGAAUUUCUGGUUAUUUCCUAAGGGCUUGGGGGGGAACUUGACAGCUGGCAAGGGCAGCUAAUCUCAUUGGUGGUUAUUUCAGUACUUUACGUCCCUCCCCACCUGGAACAAGGAAACCUGGAGGGUGGCUCUGCAGGGAAAUUAAGCCGAAAACAAACCAAAAAGAAGUUAAUGGAACUUUUUUCAAAUCUCUUCUUAAAGGUUCUGAUUUUUGUGUUCCAGGGCGAAAGUUGGUUCGUAUUUUCUCCAAACUGGUCUGUCCCUUGUUCCACUGAUUGGCAAAUGAUAGUUUGCCAAAAUCAUUAUCUAGUGUUGAUACUGUGUAGCACUGUUAACACUGGGAGUGCUCUGCAAAUAUUAACUGUGCCACAAACCACUCAAAUGAAUGCUCUAGGGCAACCAGAAAAGAAGAACUGGAAAUUCUGAACUGAACAACUGGUCUAACUACAGGAGUCUGGUGUUUUGCCUUCUCCCACAAUAAAUUAGGCCACGUGUCCAUCAGGUUAUUCCUUUCUCUAUAAGUGAUCUUUUCUGGUUGCUUUGUUUAAUUUAGUUCUGACAGGUCAACAAAUUUUGGAACAGAGGUGAAGGGGAGGGGCUGGGAGGGGGGAGGGUGUAAUUCAUAAUCCAGAAAAUAAACCAAUGAUGUUAUUAAACUCUGAUUAUAUAUUUAGAAUUUUAGAUUUGGUGUAUUUUCAUUCUAAGUAUUCUAAGUGAAUCGAUCAGGUAAUAUUAGCAGCAGGUGUUGUCUAUACUAGAAUACCACCCAUGUGCUGUUUAUUACCUGUCUUGAAAAGAACGGGAUUUCAUACCAGAGCCUGACAAAAUUACACAUCUCCUCACUUGCCAUUUCCCUCUGUCUCCUGUAGAAACACCAGUAUUUUCUGGGGGCAGUGGCUGGGAUCAUUUCCCCUUUCUGAACGUUUCUGCACUCGUGAAUGAUGAUCAAAAAUCAUUGCAUCCUCUACAGGUGUGUGACUUCUACUGUAUAUUUGCAGCCAGCCUCCUGGGAAAGAUUAGGCGCUUUUGGUAAUGUUUCUGACAUUGGCCUCCUCAAUCUAGUUCUAGGUAUGGCUCUCUGAGAGGUAUUUCCAUGAGCCAUGUUGUUCUGAAGUGAUACCAGAACAUAGAUACUCAGCUGAAGGAGGAUUUGUAUGAAGGAGAUGGAGAAAAUAUUAAAAAUAAAAUAAAAUCAGGAGUGUGCCAUGCACAGUGGAAUGCAUCUGGCAGGUAGAUCUUGCAGCCGUGGAUCUCCUCAUCAUAAACCUUCUUGAGGAAUUCACACCAGCUUUUUACUGUAGUGCAAUGAAACAUGUGCUGGUGUAGCAGUCCUGUCUCCCAUCAUGCCUUCCAUGGAGGGCACAAUCAGAACUCACCUUAUCACCUCAUAAAUAGGGAAGAGGAGCUGCAGUCAGAACUUGUUAUCAGUGGAGAUAAUGAAGCACACCGGCCCCACCUCCUCAGUUAAAAAAAAACAUCCUUUUAUCUUUGAUAUCCAGCAUACGUCAUCAGAACUCUCCAGGUGAGAACUCCAGUAUGUUCAAAAUGCUCAGCAAUAUGCAAGCAUGAACUUUGCCCUUAGGGAAUUGCUAUUUCAAUUUCUAGCGCGUGGGGGAGGAAGGUUCCUUUGUGUGGUCCUGAAAGAUUUGGUGGAGGAGUUAAGAAAUGCCAAGAUGGCCCUCUUUGCUUCUGACUUCUUCAGAAAUUCAUACUGAUGCUGAGCUACUCACUUCAAGAAGACACUAGCAUCCAUCUUGAAUAAAGCCCCUUUGUACCUUCAAAUCAGGGUUGUUUCUCAAAACAACAUUGUCAGCAAAGGAGAGAGGGGGAGAUGUAGACUAUAGAUGGUGAUGGUGGCAGGUUAGAGUGAUCAGAGAUACCUCAGGGAUCUUUAUAGGCAAGCCUUUGCUUUAGAGCUUUCUAUCAAAUGUGGCAUAUCCUCCCACCUCCAUUGCUUAUCAACAGAUGGAAGCAAACCUGGGAACACAGCCAAUGAUCAGACUUAGGCCUUUCACACAUCCUCCACUCCAGUCAAGCAACCUUUGAUGAGCUCUUCCUGUGGAGAAGGGUGGGAGGUUGCACUUCCCCAUGUAUUUUUGGUUGCUGAAACGACAAGAAAAAUGGGAGGAGAUAAAGAUGAGUGCUGAUGAAGGGACUUUGCGCUGACUCUUUGUGCUGCUUCUCUAAGGAUUGUCACUUCACCCUUCCUGCUCAAUUCAAGCUGGCAAAGGGUAGGGUCCAAUUCUGCUGCCUCUCUGUGGCAUAUGCCUGGCAGAAGCCUCUGGGAGCCACGUGUGAGAAAGGAGCUGGAUUGCUGGCAAUGUAUGGGGACAGACUCCAAGCCACAAUCCCUGUCUGCACCCACUCUUUCCUAUAAGUGCUUCCCUGCUGCUGAACACACCUGGCGUGUCCACCUGGAACACACCUACCAUGCUGCUGGAUGCUGCAGGGCACAUUGAGAUAGUAACUAGUGGGACUUGAUUGUUGUCCCCACAAGGGCUUAUUUUCAAUUUGCAGCCAAAUAGAUUUCCAAGCCAUAGACCCUCGCUGCAUUCACCCACCUAUAUACCUGUAUCUCCCUCCCUUCUCCCCCUUCAAAAGGCAAACUGGGGCGCUGACUGUCUCAUUGGCAAUAUGAAUGCUAUUGCUUCAUCCUCAUCACGGGCUCUCUGGACCUCCCUGGUGCUGACUGCAGACAGACCUGGGUGUCUGCCAUUAGAACGGUAACAACUACAACAACAACAACAAAAACCCACUUUGUGAUUGGCUUUGAGUUCUUUCUUCAUCUCUUCUGCAUUCCCAAAUUCAAUUUGAGUGAAUUCUGGCACCCUUCUGUCACUGCUGACAGCAAAAAGGACACAGCGUGAAUCUGCCUGUGUAUGAAAAGGGCAGUAAAACUGUGUAUCAGAGAGCAGGACUCAGGUCUGCCAAUGCCAAGGGUACAGUUUCCUGGUGCUGAGGUAAAGGAAGGCCUCUGCAAUGUGUUAGUAGCUACACAUCUUUUACUCUGCUGGCUUCCUGCCAUUCAAGGCUAACAGCAAGCACUGGUAUGCGCUCCAGCGGGUCAGACAAAUUCCAUACUGUAGGGCAGGGGUUCCUCUGGGCAUGUGCACACAUAUGAAAUAUAUUGGGGAAGUGAAACACAUGUGAACAAGCCUGGCACAGCAGGAAGCUGUGAGGCUUGUGCGCUUGUACGCACAUACACACACACGGUACAUUGCAGUAUGCUUUAUUACUCUGUCCCACGGUGCAUUUUUGCCAAGUAGAAACAACGCGAUCUUUCCUACGAUUCUGCUGGUAGUUAUUUAAUUUAUGUGUUCACUUUGUGACUUUUACAUCAUCUGCUUUCUUGACUGCAGCAUUAUUGUGUAAAUACAAAUGUAUAUAUGUACAGAUACUAACUCAAGCAAUUAUAUUCAGGUUGGGGAAAGGGUGGUUUUUAUAUCUGUACAGUAUUUCCUUAUUAAAUAAUGGCAUGGGGGGGAGGGGGAGGGGAGGGCUGGGAAAGUUAACUUCUAAGUUGUGGUUUUAUUGGUCUGUGGUGUUUGAAGUUGUUUCAGUGGUUGCUUUUGCUGGUUCAGAAAGUUUAUCUGGAUGUUAUAUGUGUGUGCCAAGAAAGGGUCCCCAGACAGGGGAGGUUUGGGAUUUGGUGAGGGGUGGUGGGUAGCAGAGGGUGUUAAUAAUUUCCUGUAAUAAACGCAGUGUUGAUUGCUAGGGAUUGUUUGUGUGAGGCACAGGGCUGUUUCUUUCUCUAUGUGCUUUGCUUUUUUAUUGCUUUCUCUUCCCUGGUUCCUGUUGUACUCUCUCUUAGAUGUCAGCAGACUACGUUUGUUACUACAGGGAUCUCUCUCUGGGCCUUCAUUUCCUCCUGACCAACUCUUUCAUCUCCCUCUUUUUAUGGCCUUCUCUGUACCAGUGGGAGAGGAGAUUAGAUGGUACCAUCUUGGACCCUCUGUGCCAUCCUUACCUACUUUACUUCCUCUGCUUUAGAUAUUCUCAGUCCUUCCUCUGAGCAGAACCUCAUUUUCAGGUGUUCUGAUCACUCCAGUUUACUGCCUCAUCUCCCUGGCCUCUUAUCUACUUUUUUCCCAUCUUACACAUCCUGAUCCUCCAAUUUCAUUUCAACGUCUUUUCCCUCAAGAUGACUUACACUGGCUGUUUGCCCACUCUGCUCUUCUUAUUACUGUCUUGUUGCUUUGUGUCUUCUUUGGACUGUGCAAUGCAGUGUGGAAGAGUGAAGGACAGGACCCUACUUCUCUCCUGGAAAAUUCUAGCCCUGACUAGAUCAUUAGAUUAUAUUUGGUAGCUAUUUUUGACUUCUGUUUCCUUCACUGAGGUGGAGUUCUACUCUUAGCCACUCAAAGAAUAAGAAAUGAUCAGUCUGGCAAAUUAAUCAGUGCAAGGAAGCAGCAAAAUUUUCUCUUCUGAGAAAGCCAUGAGAGAGAACAGUCCUUCCUUCUUUGGUAGCUGACUGGUGAGUUUAGAGCAGGGGCAGACAUAGUUUUUAUUUAGUUCUCUAUUUCUCACGUCAGGCUCAGUGAAGUCUUUUACUCUAUGUCAGUCAAGCAAGGCUGUUGGAAAGGAGUAUGCUAUCCUUUAUAAGCAUGAGGAUCCAUUCAUUUAUUGCCUAAAGGCCACUGGAUUCUAAACACCUACAUGAUGUUCUGCUGUUGAAAACCUGGGAGUGAGUACCUAGUAGUAUUUUGUCCCUUUGAGCCUGAUAAGUCAAUAUAUGCUUGUGCUUGACACUAGGUAACCAGGAUUUGUAUUCUAGCACUAAACCAGUAAGGGAACAGAGUAGCAGCGUGGCACGGUAAAUGCACAGAGGCAGUGGCGGUGGUUCUAGACAGAUGCCAAAACACCUCAUUCUCUCCCUUUCGGAAAACUUGCAUUGGUUCUUCUCAAACUUCCAUUGACCCACCAUUCCCCAAAGGCUGAGAUUACCAUCCAUGGCACUGGCUGCUCAUCCCUGAAGACAUCUAAGUCUGCUUGCUGGUCACAGUCUGGAAAAAGGUCAGUUAGUCUUUGUGUAUGCGUGUUUAUUGCCAUGUCUCUGAGGGUCUGAGCUGUACUGUAUGACAGAUGAAAAGGUUUACUCAGAGAUUAUCAAGAGCAGCAGUCUCCUCCUGGAUGCUUCUACCAACUCUUAGUUACUCUAAAUCUCUGAUUUCUGGGUGGGAAAAACCUCAGGAGCUAAAUGGAAAUGGUGCUUUGCUGAGAGGAAUGAGCAGGGUAGAUGUAUCUCUCGUGUACACUUGCUGUAACCUUGAUGUAGCUUUCCCAGUGAGAUCUACCGUGGCCACUAUAUUUGCAGAUAAAUCACUUAUCAGUUUGGGAGAAGGUGUGUAUUUGAGACUUUCAUUUGCUUGACUCUUGCAGAACUCCAAACACGAGUGAAGCCAGAAAACACUGACCCAUCUAAUGCUGCCCCAAGGAUACUUAUUCAGUGUACCACAAACAUGACAUACCUGCAGCAUCUGCAGGGCAUCUGGAGAGAAUGCAUCUGUCCCAUAGGACUUCUGUCUAGACCCAUGAGCAGUGGCUGGCAAGCCCCAUGUCACCUGGAGAAAGAUUAUACCUGCCUCUGAACAGACAUACAUUAACUAAAGGGAUAAGAUCAUAGCUUUGUGUUUUCUCCUGCUGCUUUCCUUACAGGCCUUGCAACUAGAUCCAUCAACACAGACAGCUAAACUCCUGUGAAAAUCGAGGAGCUCUGGGGAAGCUACCAGGGAGUUUAGAUGCCUGGAAUGCUCUUUGUGGAUUUCUUGCUGGUGUGGGCCUCUUCCUGCAAUGCAUUUUGCCAGGACUCAUCUCCCAGGAACUCACCUUGCUUGAAUAUAGCUUCGAGGGGUUCCCUCUGCUUGGGAUCACCAUGUGUAUGUUGCAUGCCUGUUGCUACUUGUCUGUACUUCUUGCAUGUGUCUAUUUGUUGGGGGGCAGGGGUGGGUUCAUAGCGGUAUGUGUAUUUAUGCAGCUUGUUCACAUUUGUAUGUGUGGUGCCACAGCCUGUAUGUGUGCUUAGGUGUGUACACAUAUUUGAGCUGAAUGAAAAGCGUUUGAAGCCAUAUGCUGCUAAAGCCAGGUGAUAGGUACCUGUAUGUACCUUGGCAGCCCUGUUGUUGCUCUUGCUUAUCUGGUGAGCCCUGGCAUGGCUGCUUUGUUAGGACUCUGGGGUACCAGUCUGAAUCUGUAACAAGGCUGGGACACAGGUUCCUCCUGGAGAUGGUUUGAAUACAGCAUCAGAAACUUAUUUCAUGCUUUCACUCACUUAUGUGCUGAAUCCACUGUGCCACAUUUUCUAACCAUUGUGCCACACUCAUUACCUACUUAGGCCUUAAUCAGUAGCUGGAGCAGGAAGACAAACCUGCAUUGACUGGUAAAGUCAAAAGACGUCUAGCCAGUCCUGCCCUGUGACUAAAACAAGAGGCUAUCUUGCCUUUCUUUUUGCUGCUUUCCAGGGCAAUGCAAACACUGUAAUUCCACUUGCAAUCAAGCACUAGCCUGUUCUUCCUUGCUUUUGGAUCAGAUAUAGGUGGAAUCUGAGUUAUGUUGGAUUGGUCUCUCACACCCACUACCUGGAAGAAUUUCACAGUUGCUUCUUGUAGCUGUGUAGGGAUCUUGCAAAUUCCAAGUUCUGGGGCAAUUCAGUUUCUUCAGAGGAGACCGUAUAUAGGAAGGAUGGGAGAGAGUGAACCUUCUGCAGCCAUCCUCCAUUCCAUUCAUUUCCCAGAUCUCUACGCCGGUAGCACCAGAGAGAAAAACUUGUUGGGAGGCCCCUACAGUGCCAACCAGAACAGCACUUUAACUGGCCAAAUUGCUGACAAGAGACUGCUGUCUUCUGUCAGCAGCCAGAAAAGACAAUCAGGACCUGAUGAAGAAAUGUCAUGAUUAAUCUGAGGAGAAAGGAGCGACACCUGGGGACUAGUGUCUAAGUCUAAAGUCUGCUUCACCAGACUAUUAGUGCUGGUGUCAUUGGGCCUCUUGAUGGUUUCCUUUUAUUUAUAUAUAACAAAAUGUAAUAUAAUGGUCUGUGGCUGCCAGUGACUCCUUCAACCAGAUUGCGUCCAUUCCCCUCCUUUGCUUUAUUCCAUGUUCAGCUGCUCUUUCCUCUCCAUCACACUGUAUCCUGUGCUCUGCCAGGCUUGUGUUAUAUGGAAGAGAAGAUAUAUGUCUGUGUGUGUGUGUAUAUGUACAUGUGUAUUUAUGUAUUGUAACUAUUACCAACAUGCUAUACACCUAAAAGCUCCUAGCAAGCUGGAGCCUUCAAGAGGUGCUUGUAGGAAAUUACUUCCCCACUAGACAGCAGUUAGUGUGGAUGUUAUCAAAGAAAGCUGCUAGCUUUGGAGGCCUCUUUGCCUGUCUGGGUACUUUUCUUAUCUCUGGAGCAGGCUCUCUCUCACAUGUGGUCAGAAAUGCAGCAAACUGCUCUUUUUAGCUUUGCAUUUUUCAAAUUUCUAAUGCAGAAAUAUGUUCCUUGAUUAUCUGUUGAUUUCUUUUGUUUGUUUUUGUUUGUUUGUUUGUUUUGCAGUCCUUUUAGUGGGAACAGGGAGGUGUUUUCAGCAAUACAACUUUCCGAGACCUCAGUUCUGUGCAGUUGUUGUUUGUAUGGUUCAGCUGUGUUUGGGGUCUUUCCUUUGUACGUGUUUUCCUGAAUGGCAGGGCUAUCUUGAAGCAUCUCUUUGCCAGUGACCAAGGCUCCAUCUGUAUUUGGAGGCAUGGGCUGGUCUAUGGAGAAGGCAGCAGCCUUUCAGGAAUUAGUAGCUUUUCAUCGACUUCCCUGUGGAGUCACAGAAGGCAAACUAAUAAACUGAUGCACAGGUGGGUUUUGGUUUGGAGUUGUGGGUUUUCUUGGUACUCCUCCUCUUUUCCUUCCUUUUUUUUAUUUUCUCUGCUUUUCCCUUAGAAAUAAGUGUUAUUUCUGUGAGCUUUGGGGUGGGAGAAGGCAAGGAGGGAGUCUGACCCCUGGGUCCCUCCCUCCUGACUCCAUUUAGAAUUGCCAUUGUAUGAUAGAGAGAGGCCCUUUUGGGGCGAUUUCUAUGGUGACAAUCAGAGCAGGGUCCUGGUGGCUGCUGAGGGGCCUGGCCUAAAGGCCAUGUGUGCCCAAGGUGCACCCUCUGGCUUGCACAUGUCUUGGGGCAGGCUGGAGAGUGGGCUGAGAAGAAAACUCUCACCCACAAUUCAUGGGAGGGAGGUGGAGGAAAGAAGACAAACAGGCAGAAAGGAGGCCAACAAAUCUGUAUUGGUCUGAGCCAUCCCCGCAUCUCCCUGUUUUGCCUCCUUCUCACACAGGUCUCCCCACGCAGGAGUGAGGCCACGGAGAUGGGCAGAUGGCUGUGCCUGGGCCAGAGCUGUCCAGCAUUGCCUCCAGUGGAUAGGGCUGACUCUUGGCUUGAACAAUGCCUUUUAGGGCCCAGCAGAGUCUCACAAGCCAUGAAGUGUGGGUUAAAGGUGGAUAUCUGUCCAGAUAUCAAUGUCUUGCCACUAGGAGAAAGCCCAGUACCUUCACCCUUUGGCUCCUGGAAGUGGCUGCGAGCAGCAGUGGAGGACUGCUGUGUCUACUGAGGUUGGGGCAGGUAGUAACUUCAAAGUUGACAGAGAUUAACUCUGGCUGUAUUUGAUUUGUAACUAAUGUACAUUUACUUUUGAGAGCACAUUUGAUUAGCUCAGUCUAUCAACCAAAAGGAAAAGGAAUACUCACCUCUAGUGUAAGUCUUCUACUGCCCAACACUGCUACCUCCUCUUGAGCUGUUGGUAUCUUGUGAUGAACCUGGCCACCUGUCAAGCUGUUGCACACAACGGAUAUUUCCCUAUUCACUUCUGAGACCAUCUUUGCCUAAAUUUUGCCUCCUCCUCAUCCCCUUUGCACAUGCACAUGCGCGCGCACACACCCACCUCCAGCCACUGCACUGGUGAAAAUCAGAGCCACAGAGACAUGAGUGCCAAAUGACUUUUUGUUUUUCAAGUAAAUGAUAAAAAAUAAGGUUUUGUUUCUUUCUUUCUUUCUUUCUUUCUUUCUUUCUCCUUCUUCUCUUUGUUUUUUUAACAUAUACAAAUGUAAAAGGGAACUGACAGCGAAUUGGUGGUGGCAAGAGGAAAUGGGAUGUUUUGUAACCCUAGCUGCAGUUAAAAAAAAAAAAAA